AUGGAGAACGAGCUGCCUGUCCCCCAUACAUCCAGCAGCACCAGCAGUGCCAGCGGCGUCAGUAGCAGCAGCAGUAGCGGCAGUGGUGGCGGUGCCCGGCCUGUGGGGCCCCAGAUUUCUGUGUACAGCGGCAUUCCUGACCGGCAGACUGUGCAGGUGAUCCAGCAGGCCCUGCAUCGGCAGCCCAGCACGGCAGCCCAGUACCUGCAGCAGAUGUAUGCAGCCCAGCAGCAGCACCUCAUGCUGCAGACGGCGGCCUUGCAGCAGCAGCACCUCAGCAGCGCCCAGCUCCAGAGCCUGGCGGCCGUGCAGCAGGCAAGCCUGGUGGCCAACAGACAAGGGAGCACUCCAGGCAGCAGUGUGUCUGCACAGGCCCCUGCCCAGUCAUCCUCGAUCAACCUGGCAGCCUCCCCAGCAGCAGCCCAGCUCAUCAACCGGGCUCAGAGCGUCAACUCGGCGGCUGCCUCAGGCAUCACCCAGCAGGCCGUGCUUCUGGGCAACACAUCUUCUCCAGCCCUGACCGCAAGCCAAGCACAGAUGUAUCUCCGGGCACAGAUGGCCCAGCCAGGUAACCUGGUGCAGGUAGCUAGGAGCCUAGGCGGCACUGUUCCUUUGUCCCCUCAGCUCAUCUUCACGCCCACGGCCACCGUCGCUACCGUGCAGCCUGAGCUCGGCACUGGCUCCCCCGCCCGGCCCCCCACCCCCGCCCAGGUACAGAACUUGACCCUCCGAUCACAGCAGACACCAGCUGCAGCAGCCUCGGGCCCUACCCCCACCCAGCCUGUCCUGACCAGCUUGGCCCUGAAGCCCACGCCAGGUGGUAGCCAGCCUCUGCCUACCCCAUCACAGGGCAGAAACACCGCUCAGGGUUCCCCUGCAGGUGCCAAGUCUGGCACAACUGACAGUGUGACAGAGCCAUCCAAGAGAGGAGACAGCCACGGCAGUGUGCCCGGGAGCUUGGAGGGCCGGGCUGGGCUCAGCCGGAUGGUGCCCGCCGUGGCUGCCCACCCGCUCAUUGCACCAGCCUAUGCUCAGCUGCAGCCGCACCAGCUCCUCUCCCAGCCAUCCUCAAAGCAGCUACAGCCCCAGUUUGUGAUGCAGCAGCAGCAGCAGCCAUCACAGCAGCAGCAGCAGCCACCCCAGCCAUCACGGCCGGCGCUCCAAGCCCCAUCUCAUCCCCAGCUGGCCUCAGUCCCUCCAAGCCUGGCCCUGCAACCCAGCCCAGAAGCCCAUGCCAUGCCGCUAGGCCCAGUCCCAUCUGCCCUGCCUCUCCAGUGCCCUGCUGCCAACCUGCACAAGCCUGGCAGCUCUCAGCAGUGUCCCCCUCCCACACCAGACACGGGGGCUCACAACGGAUAUCCCGAGGGCCUGGCCCACACCCCUCAGCGCAGGUUCCAGCACGCCUCGGCUGUCAUCUUACAACUACAGCCUGCUUCACCGGUGCCCCAGCAAUGCACCCCUGAUGACUGGAAGGAAGCGGUACCUGGGGAGAAGUGUGGGUCGGAGACUCGGUCUGGCCCAUCACAGCAUCAGCAAGCCAUCAUCACUGCCAUGCCAGGUGGUCUGACUGUGCCCAAGAGCCCGAACAUCCAGCAGUCCCCAGCUCACGAGACAGGGCAGGGCAUUGUUCAUGCACUGACCGACCUCAGCAGCCCCGGCAUGACCUCAGGGAACGGAAACUCUGCCUCCAGCAUCACCGGCACUGCCCCCCAGAAUGGUGAGAAUAAACCACCACAGGCCAUUGUGAAACCCCAAAUCCUGACGCAUGUUAUCGAAGGGUUUGUGAUCCAGGAGGGGGCGGAGCCUUUCCCGGUGGGACGCUCGUCCCUGCUGGUGGGGAAUCUCAAGAAGAAGUAUGCACAGGGGUUCUUGCCUGAGAAACUUCCGCAGCAGGACCAUACCACCACCACUGACUCAGAGAUGGAGGAGCCCUAUCUGCAAGAAUCCAAAGAGGAGGGUACUCCCCUCAAACUCAAGUGCGAGCUCUGUGGCCGGGUGGACUUUGCCUACAAGUUCAAGCGUUCCAAGCGCUUCUGUUCCAUGGCUUGUGCAAAAAGGUACAAUGUGGGGUGCACCAAACGAGUGGGGCUUUUCCACUCGGACCGGAGCAAGCUGCAGAAGGCAGGAGCCACUACCCACAACCGCCGUCGGGCCAGCAAAGCCAGUCUGCCGACACUUACCAAGGAUACCAAGAAGCAGCCGACAGGCACCGUACCCCUUUCAGUUACGGCUGCCCUGCAGCUAACACACAGCCAGGAAGACUCCAGCCGUUGCUCAGAUAACUCAAGCUACGAGGAACCCUUGUCCCCCAUCUCAGCCAGCUCGUCCACCUCCCGCCGGCGACAAGGCCCGCGGGACCUGGAGCUCCCUGACGUGCACAUGCGGGACCUGGUGGGCAUGGGCCACCACUUCCUGCCAAGUGAGCCCACCAAGUGGAACGUGGACGAUGUCUAUGAAUUCAUCCGCUCUCUGCCAGGCUGCCAGGAAAUCGCGGAGGAGUUCCGUGCCCAGGAGAUCGACGGGCAAGCUCUGCUGCUGCUCAAGGAGGACCACCUGAUGAGCGCUAUGAACAUCAAGCUGGGGCCCGCCCUCAAGAUCUACGCACGCAUCAGCAUGCUCAAGGACUCCUAG